CCACUGCUGUGGUAAGGAAGUGAACGUCCAUGUGAGGAUCUCUCGCGAGCUGCAUUAUGCAGCUAUGGUAGCAGCUCAACACACCCAUUUAAUAUUUGUUGCUUCUACACUGAAGAUGGUGCGAUCUUUGUUGCGGUAUCCAAGUGAGCUGACGCCUGGCAGUAGCAGCUGGUGGAUUGUCAGUUGAACUGAGUUGGCGGGUGCUACCGUUAAACUGAUUUGCUGGCGGUGAUCUUGUUCGCUUCUUGUAUUGACUCAAACAUUGCUGACACUCAAGAAGAGGGAAUUUCCAAGGGAGAUGGCACGUCGAGCUUUUCUCACUGGAACGUGCUUUCUGCUAGCAUUUGGGAUACUGGCUACAUUGCAGAAUGCUUUUGCUACAGACAUUGGUUCUUCUGCCACUGGGAUGGCAAUCCAGGUGCAGACACAAUUAACCCCUGUUCUGGAUCCUCAGAAGCAGAACAUCACUCUUAGAGUCGCUGCGCCUAUCGAAGAAGGGACAUAUCCACUCGUGGUUUUCCAGCACGGUACCAGUCUGUUCACGGGCUGGUACUCCACGCUUCUGAACUACACUGCAUCUCAGGGAUACAUCGUCAUUGCCCCUCAGAUGUACACGUCCUUGUUCCCCUCCGGGUGUACACUCUGCGUCCCCACAACCGAUGCUUUUGUCGAGAUUCAGAACGCAGCCGACGUCUUCAAGUGGGUGACGGACGGGGCUCCAUUAGUGUUACCUGCCAAUGUCGCCAUCAACUUCAGUAGCGUUGCUCUGGCCGGUCACAGCCGGGGAGGCAAGGUCGCGGCCGGCCUGGCAGAGAACAUGUUGGCGACGGACGUUAGCUUUCAAGCCUACGUGGGGCUCGACCCAGUCGACGGGGGGCCUUAUGCCACGGCCCCCAGCCUGCCCCCGACCUCCAAUUGCUCCGCCCCUCACUCCACCUUCCUCAACGCGCCCGCCCUCCUCUACGGCUCCGGCCUCGGCGCCAGAUCCAUCUUUCCCGGUGCGCCCGCGUGCGUCCCCCCGGCCGUAAGCUAUGCCCACUACUUCGGCUGCUAUGGCAACCAGACAUACGAGCUCGUCGCCACCGACUACGGCCAUAUGGACUUAUUGGACGAUAACCUCUCGGGCUGCUGCCAGCACCCGCUGAACUGCGCGGCCGCGGCGCUGUGCGCGGGCGCGAGCGCCGGGUUCAGCCGGGGCCUCCUGAGGACUUAUCUCGGCCAGCUGGUCGUAGCGUUCUUGGACUCUGCUCUGAAGGGGCAGUCCGGCGCUUUUGAGGAGUUCUUCGAGAACUGGAAAAAGGCUCCUAUUGCACUCAAAGACGUCCAAGCAUAUCCCCCUUCCCUUGAGCGUGCCUCCAGUUGAGAUGGUUCGUGUGAGUAUGGAAGACUUAAUGCUGCAAGUGUUCCUCUUGUAGCAAUCCGAGCUUCUGUGAGGGUUGUGCAUUUGUAAGUUUAGGGGCUACUCUCUUCAAAAGAAAGAGGAUGUGCACCUGAUCGCCUCGCAACUGAAAACAAUGAGAACUGCGUCCGGAGUGUAGCGACCGGCAAGCUUACGUUACUGCUAGCGAGGAUUUCGUGAGUUUAAAAAGAGCUAUUUAAGGGAUGGUCCGACCGCGAAAAGGACGAUCGGACUACCUUAUCGUCGCUCGGCAGAUAAUGGUUUAUUUUUGUUAGAAGUGUAACGACGGUUGAAUUCUCCAGAGCUGCAAAACGUAUUAAGGAGAUGGCGACUUCCUGUCGUAAGUGAUCAGUAUAUGAAAGAUCGUCACCAAGGCAAGUUAAAGGUGACGCCUUAGCUUGUCCGAUCCUAGUCGAAAAGCCAGAUCGACUGAUACACGUCGCUCGAAGCAAUCGUUCUUUAAACUGUGCGUCUGAUCAUAUUGCAAAAGUGCUGG